AUGCCGAGCGCGGCUAUGCUCGCAACCGGAUACCCCCAGGAGCUUAAGGAGAUCAAGAAGCAGAUCGAGAACCUGUCGAAGGCCCAGAAGAGGCGUUUGGAUCUCCCCCUGGGCAGCGAUGCCCAGAGAGAGGAGCGGGACGUUGAGGCCGUCUCGAGCCAUGUCUCCACGCUGAUACGAUGCUGCGAGCAGACCAUCCACCAGAUUCGUGCGGUGGGCAAGAAGGAGGGUCUGCUGGACGACGAGUUCCGGCAGAACAUGCAGCGGAGCCUGGCCUCGCAGCUGCAGCAGCUUUCGCGGCAAUGUCGGGAGCUCCAGAAGGGCUACAUGGCCGAGCUGAAGCGGAAGCUCCGGCCUCGGAAAUUCCCACUUCUCUAUCCCGCCAAAUCGGAUGCGCCUUGA